AUGGAUUAUGAAUUAUUGAAAUACUUUGAAGGCUAUAAAAUCAGGAAAGUGAAGAAACCAAUUACAACAACAGCAGCAUUUAAUCAACAACAACAGAUCACUGAAGAAGCAAUCAUCAUCUUACCAGAACCAUUUGAUACAAACGUUAAAGUGUAUUUGGUGCAUGACUUAGAUCAUAUACUCAUUGAACCUUUAAACGCUUUUGAGAGAUGGGGAUUCGAUUUUAUUAUUCUCAAUGAAUAUGCCGAUAUGAAAUAUGUUUUAGUAGCUGUUGAAUAUAUUACUGGUCUUGUAUAUGCGACUGCCACUGCCACAAUGGAAGCAACCCACACCAACAAAUUAAUCAGAGCAAUAUAUCAACUUUUUGGAAGACCCAAAGAAAUCAUCACCGAUAAUGGAACCAGUUUUGUCAACGACACUAUUCGGACUUUAUGUAAUCUUUUACAAAUUGAACAUAAACUCGCCUCAAAUUAUCAUCCCAUGACCAACGGCCGAGUCGAAAAAGCCAACGGCUUAAUCAAGAAGAUCUUGAAAGGUUUAACAAAUGGAACAAUGAACGCUUGGCCCGAAUUUUUAGAUCAUGCUGUUAACAUUUACAAUACCACCCCAACAAUUUUCAACAGCACACCCUAUUAUCUAGCCUUUGGACACAACACUCCUGUCGAUGAAUUUGGCCAAAGAAUGUACGAAGAAUAUCAAAGGGAAAAUCCACAAACACAACCCGAGGAGGACCAAGGGGAUGAUCUUGAUAAUCACUUUAUUAGAUUAUACCAAUUGGAUAUGAUGAAUAAAACAAGGGACACCAAUACUGAAUUGAAAACAAGAAGAUUGAAGAUGAAGAAUUUAUUGAAACAACUAUUCGGUAUCCCAGCAGGUUAUAGUAAAGGUCAAUGGGUAUUAAAGAAGAAGAGGAAGAUGAAGAAGACAGAUCCUGAAUAUGACGGACCAUACCAAGUAGUAAAAGUCAAUUCUAAUGGCGCUUACCAAUUAAGAAACUUAAAUGGACGAAUUGAAAAAGGAUCUUAUAACGGAGACUUAUUGAAACCAAUGUAUACUUUUGAAGACAGUCCAAUUCUCGCUGCUAGUAACUGGAAGAAAUCAUUAAGACAAGUUGAGAAGAAAUUCAAUAAGAAAGUUACUCAAGAAAUGGAAGGAGAUCUUGAGGGAGAACAGGGAUGA